AGAGAGAGAGUUAUGAAGUGUUAAUCGGUAGAGGAAUGAAUGACUAAUGUUGGAACCAAAUCGACAAUGUUACUCGUUUUUAGAGAGGGAGUCUGAUAAAUUAGGUUUCUGGCUAGUUGCAGAGGUCUGUGAGGGGAGAAGAUGGAGAUCAGUGAAAAUGAGGGAAAUCCUUCAUGUUCAAGGCGGACAAUGCGGAAACCAGAUCGGAGCGAAGUUCUGGGAGGUUGUCUGCGAAGAACAUGGCAUUGAUCCGACUGGCCGAUACACCGGAACGUCAGAUCUGCAGCUGGAGCGCGUCAAUGUGUACUACAAUGAGGCGUCGUGUGGACGGUUCGUUCCUCGUGCUGUGCUUAUGGAUCUUGAGCCUGGUACUAUGGACAGUGUGAGGACUGGUCCGUAUGGUCAGAUUUUCCGUCCCGAUAAUUUUGUUUUUGGACAAUCUGGUGCUGGAAAUAACUGGGCCAAGGGUCACUACACCGAAGGAGCAGAACUCAUUGAUUCGGUUCUUGAUGUUGUGCGUAAGGAGGCUGAGAAUUGUGACUGUCUUCAAGGUUUUCAAGUCUGCCACUCACUGGGGGGAGGAACUGGUUCUGGGAUGGGGACUUUACUGAUUUCAAAGAUCAGGGAAGAAUACCCUGACCGUAUGAUGCUCACUUUCUCUGUGUUCCCAUCACCAAAGGUUUCAGAUACCGUGGUUGAGCCAUAUAAUGCAACCCUUUCUGUUCAUCAGCUUGUAGAGAAUGCAGAUGAGUGCAUGGUGCUGGACAACGAGGCCUUGUAUGACAUCUGUUUCAGGACCCUCAAAUUAACUACUCCAAGCUUUGGUGACCUGAACCAUCUGAUCUCUGCAACCAUGAGUGGGGUUACAUGCUGCCUCAGGUUCCCUGGUCAGCUUAACUCUGACCUUCGAAAGCUUGCAGUGAACCUCAUCCCGUUCCCUCGCCUUCACUUCUUCAUGGUUGGCUUUGCUCCUCUAACUUCACGUGGGUCCCAGCAAUACCGGGCACUUACUGUCCCUGAGCUCACUCAACAGAUGUGGGAUGCAAAGAACAUGAUGUGUGCUGCCGACCCUCGUCAUGGCCGCUACCUCACUGCAUCAGCCAUGUUCAGGGGCAAGAUGAGCACAAAGGAAGUGGAUGAGCAAAUGAUUAAUGUUCAAAACAAGAAUUCCUCUUACUUCGUCGAGUGGAUUCCAAAUAAUGUGAAAUCAAGCGUUUGCGACAUUCCUCCGUGGGGUCUUUCCAUGGCAUCAACCUUCAUUGGGAACUCAACUUCCAUUCAAGAGAUGUUCAGACGAGUGAGCGAGCAGUUCACAGCAAUGUUUAGGAGGAAAGCUUUCUUGCAUUGGUACACUGGUGAAGGCAUGGACGAAAUGGAGUUCACUGAGGCUGAGAGCAACAUGAAUGACCUUGUAUCGGAGUAUCAGCAAUAUCAGGAUGCAAUGGCUGAUGAUGAUGAGGAACUCGAGUAUGAGGAUGAGGAGGAGGGUUUGCAAGAGAUGUGAUCAUGAUCAUCCGAGGAUGAAUGGUUAAUGUGGGACAUUACCCUUUUUAGUGGUAUAUACAUAUCCAAUAAAUGGCCAUUGUCUUUCUACUUGUAUGGUAACAUGAUCUUUGUAGGUUGGAGAGGUGGGUUGUCUAGUAUUGUUGUUUCUGUUUGAAGUCUUCUUGUCGUGUCGGUUGAUUUCUACAGUAAAAUCUAGCAUGUUAUCUAUCUGGGUAUGAAGUUAUAUUUUUGUAUGAAAUCCGGAAUUUAUUUACUUUUUUUACCACUUUUUCUCAAUCUAUCAUCACCUCUGUUGAUGGCUUGUUCUGAAA